AUAAAAAUAGAAACGAGGUUCAUGUUCCUCCUUGAACUCAACCCUCUCUUCAUGCAAGGCAAAACCCUAUUCUAUACGAAUUAGCCCUCUUCAAUUGUCCAAGGUUUCAACAUUAUGGCUACACCUUUAAUCGCAGGAAUUUCUGUGGCUGCUGCAGCUUAUGCUGGUAGGUGUGCUAUACUGGCUUUGAAUGCAUUGAAGAAUCGUAAAUUUUAUGAAGGUGGUUUCGAGGUUAUCAUGACUAAGAAAGAAGCAGCUCGCAUACUCGGUGUCAGAGCGCACGCUCAAACGGAUAAGAUUAAAGAAGCACAUAGAAGAGUGAUGGUAGCUAACCACCCAGAUGCAGGUGGAAGCCAUUUCCUUGCAUCCAAAAUUAAUGAAGCAAAAGAUGUGUUGCUUAGUAAGGGGAAGGGUAAUGGGUCAGCAUUUUGAAGCCUGCUCUCAGCUCAUUAUUUGGACAGUUCAGACAGCGGUCCUUACUAAAUCUCAAUAGUAUAUUGGUCCUUGCUUAAUUAUUUCUGGUAGACCCAAUAUAUAGGGACAACAUAGUCAAAUAGAACAUGCCUAGGCUACCAAUUGGUCCAAGUGAUAAAGCUCUAUUGUAACUUGUUUCAUUAAAGUUGAACCUUGAGAAGGUUAUCAAUUAAAGUGAUUUUUACUUGCACUUUUACCCAUUUUUGCUCCGUAAUCCCUUUUUCAAGUUUGUGCCCCUUCACCAUGAUGUUUGACAUGCAUUUCACUUUUGAA